CACAUUUAUAGCAUCUGACUCAGUCAUUGACGAUAAACAAGAUGAACAAAUACAGGAAGCAGAUGGCAGAGCAGUUCCUGAGUCAGACCCUGGGUAUCAUUUGCCUGCUGACAGGAGAGGAAUACACCAUUGUGAAGAGGACGCCCUCCUACAGCAGCAUUCACUGGCUGAGCGGAGAGGUGCCUAUAAAGUGUGAUGACGUUGCCGUAUAUUUCUCUAUGGAGGAGUGGGAUUAUAUAGAGGGACACAAGGAGCUAUACAAGGACGUCAUGAUGGAGACUCAGCAAGUACCAAGGACUAUAGAGAUCCCAGGAAAUGAGAGCUUAGGUGAUGUUAAUGCUGACGUAGUUGAUGAGACUGAAGAUCUGAGUGUAACGCGUCAGCUUGAAGCUGCGGAGCAGGAAAUGUGUGACAGCGGCAGUGCAGAUAAAAUUAACCCUGAAUUAGCAAAAGUGGAAGAAACAGAAGAUCUGUGUGUGGUGAAAACCCUUGUGAUUCGGGAGCAGGGAGACUAUGAAGAUAUUAACACAGAAAACCAUGAGGCUACGGACACAAAUAAAAUUAACCCUGAAAUAGCAAAAGUGGAAGAAACAGAAGAUCUGUGUGUGGUGAAAACCCUUGUGAUUCGGGAGCAGGGAGACUAUGAAGAUAUUGACACAGAAAACCAUGAGGCUACGGACACAACAGAUCGAUCUAUGAGCUCAGAUGUUCCUCAAGUCCGGAGUGUAGAUAAUUCUUUCACUCUCUUUAAAGCUUCACAACGCCACAUGGGAACUGCAUCAUUUUCAUGUUCAGUAUGUGGGAAAUGUUUUACCCAUAAUUCAUAUCUUGUUACUCAUCAAAAAAGUCAUACAGGAGAGAAACCAUUUUCAUGUUCUGAAUGUGGGAGAUGUUUUACCCAUAAUUGGGAACUUAUUAGACAUCAGAAAAGUCAUACAGGUAAGAGAGAAUUUUCCUGUUCUAUAUGUGGGAAAUUUUUUACACAGAAAUCACAUCUUAUUACACACCAGAACAUACAUACAGGAGAGAAAGCAUUUUCAUGUUCUGAUUGUGGGAAAUGUUUUACUUAUAAAACAAAUCUCAUUGACCAUCUAAAGAUUCAUACAGGAGAAAAAGCAUUUUCAUGUUCUGUAUGUGGGAAAUGUUUUACCCAGAAAUCACAUCUUGUUACUCAUCAAAAAACUCAUACAGGAGAGAAACCAUUUUCAUGUUCUCAAUGUGGGAAAUGUUUUACCCAGAAAUCACAUCUCAUUACACAUCAGAGCAUUCACACAGGAGAGAAAGCAUUUUCAUGUUCUGAAUGUGGGAAAUGUUUUAGCCGGAAAUCAUUUGUAAUUAAGCAUCAGAAAAUUCAUACAGGAGAGAGAGAAUUUUCAUGUUUUAUAUGCGGGAAAUGUUUUAGAAAUAAAUCAAAUCUUAUUAGACAUCAGAACAUUCAUACAGGAGAAAACUCUAAUAGUAUAUGUUAAGUCUGUUACUCAAAUUGAGGAAUUGUUCCAAUUCUAUAUUAUUGCAUUGUUGUUUAAUAUAAAUUUGUUAAUGUUGCACUGGUGCUGUACUAUGUUAUUUGAGAAGAAAAUAAUUACAUAUUCUUCUCAAAUAACAUAGUAUUAUAAUUACAAUUUUGUAUCUUAAUUAUUGCUCUUGGUGUAUUCUUGUGUUACCAAAAUCUUAUAAAUAAAGAUUAAGAACACCCCA